UUGUCUCCUAGUCAAGUUUUCAAAAGUCGUUUCGCCUUCCACACAUUUCUUUCUGAGCUCUGCUUUUGUAGUUUGUACGCGAACCACCCCACGAGUCACGCCGCCGCGACUGCCAUAGGCCGACUGCGGUCACCGCCUUCUGGCUUCCUCGUAUUUCUCUUUCUCUGGUCACUAGGAUUAUGGAGAAGCUUUAAGCUUGAUGACAGCAUUGGUUUAUUUGGGAUAAAGUUAAUUGAAGGCGGAAAAGAGAGAAUUAUACUCAAGUAAAUUCAAAUGCGAUGGAUACCAAUUGGGGACCCACUCAAGGCACUGAACCCUCUAUGGAUACAAGUGAUUGGAGAGCUCAACUGCAACCUGAUGCCCGUCAAAGAAUUGUCAACAAGAUAAUGGAUACGUUAAAGAGACAUCUUCCUGUUUCUGGACAAGAGGGAUUGCUUGAAUUGCGCAAAAUUGCUCAAAGGUUUGAAGAAAAAAUUUAUACUGCUGCCACCAGUCAGCCUGAUUAUCUUCGGAAAAUAUCUUUGAAGAUGCUUACAAUGGAGAAUAAAACCCAGAGCACCUUGGUCAAUCCUGUGCAAUCAAAAACAGGUGGCCCUAGCAACAAGCCUAUUGAUUCAGUUCACAAUCCAGGGCAGUCUCAUGCUAUUUCAUUGCCUAAUCAGUCCCAAUCACGUCAACAACUUCUACCUCAAAACAUGCAAAACAACAUUGCUCCUCCUGCAUCCAAUAUAGGCCAGACUCCUAUCCAAAAUGUUGUUGGCCCAAAUUCCAACAUGCAGAGUAAUAUGUUUAGUGGUUCUCAGAGACAAACGCCGCCAAGGCAGCAGGUUGUUCCCCAACAGCAACAGCAAUCGCAGAAUUCACAGCAGUAUAUGUACCAACAGCAACAGCUUCAACAGCAAUAUCUGAAGCAUAAACUCCAGCCUGGGAACAUUCAACACCCACUAAUGCAACCGCACAUCCAGCAGCAGCAGCAGCAGCAGCCUAACCUACAGCCAAAUCAAUUGCAAUCUUCCCAGCCCUCUGUUAUGCAAACAUCUCUUUCCAGCCUUCAGCAGAAUCAGCAAUCAAAUAAUGUCCAACAGUCAACACAACCCAUGCUUCAGCAACAUUCCCAAUCAGUUAUCAGGCAACAGCAACAACAGACAUCAGUUAUUAACCAGCAACAAACUCCAAUUACCCAACAGCCAGUACUGCCUCCACAGCAGCAGCAGCAGCUUCUAGCACAGCAGUCAAAUGUAACAAGCAUGCAACAUCCUCAGCUACUUGGGCAACAGAAUAAUGUAGGUGAUAUGCAGCAACAUCAGAGGUUUCUUGUUGGCCAGCAGAAUAAUCUUCCAAACCUGCAGCAGCAGCAAUUGAUAAAUCAGCAAAACAAUCUCUCAAAUAUGCAUCAGCAACAGUUGGGAAGUAACGUCCCAGGGUUACAGCAGCAGCAGCUGCUUGCAACUCAGUCUGGCAACUCAGGCAUGCAGAUUAGCCAGCACUCUGCGCACAUGCUACAGCAAUCUAAGGUUCCAAUGCAGCAACAAUCCCAACAAAAUGUAACAAAUUUAUUACAAUCACAAGGGAAGCAAUCACAGCCACAGGCUCCACAGCAGCAAUUAAUGCCACAGAUACAAUCUCAGCCUGCACAGUUGCAACAGCAGUUGGGUUUGCAGCAGCAGCCAAAUCCCUUACAACGAGAUAUGCAGCAGAGGCUUCAGGCAUCGAAUUCGUUGCUUCAACAGCAAAAUGUACUUGAUCAUCAAAAGCAAUUAUAUCAGUCACAAAGAACCCUUCCAGAUUCAUCAUCAACUUCUCUAGAUUCAACUGCACAGACUGGAAAAUCUAGUGGGGAUGAUUGGCAAGAAGAGGUGUACCAAAGGAUCAAGUCCAUGAAAGAUUUAUACUUGCCAGAAUUGAAUGAAAUGUACAAUAAAAUUGCAUCUAGACUUCAGCAGCAUGAAUCCCUUCCACAACAACCAAAGUCAGAGCAGCUUGAGAAGUUGAAGAUAUUCAAAACAAUGUUGCAGCGCCUCAUACAAUUUCUACAGGUUCCCAAGGACAAUAUUGUGCCUAGCUUGAAGGAUAAAAUGGCUUCAUAUGAGAAGCAGAUCAUAAAUUUUAUAAAUACAAAUAAGCCCAGGAAACCCAUGUCUUCCGGGCAACUUCCUCCAUCUCAUACGCACUCAGUGUCACAGCAACAAUCCCAACUUCAUCAAGUGCAGCCUCAUGAAAAUCAAAUGAACUCUCAGAUACAAUCAACAAACUUACAGAGUUCCGUACCGACAAUGCCACAGAAUAAUAUGGCAAGCUUGCAGCAUAAUUCUAGCCCUGCCUUGUCUGGUGCAUCAACAAUACAGCAGAACAUGAUUAAGUCUGUGCAACCUGGUGCCAACUUAGAUUCAAGUUCUGUGAACUCUCUACAGCAGGUUGCAGCAAGCUCCCUUCAUCCUAACACUCUGAAUGCUCCUCAACAAACUAAUAUCAACUCUUUAUCAUCGCAAGGUGGGGGAAGUGUGCUCCAACAAAAUUUAAACCCACUUCAGCCAGGUUCCAGUAUGCUUCAGCACCAGCAACUGAAACAACCACAGGAACAACAGAUGUUGCAGAAACAUAUUCAGCAGCGGCAAUUGCUUCAAAGGCAGCAGGUGAUGCAGCAGCAGCAGCAGCAGCAGUUACAACAGGUGACAAAGCAACAGGUGCCUGCACACAUGCAGACACAUCAAAUUCCUCCGCUUCACCAAAUUAGUGAUAUUACUGAUGUAAAGAUGAAACAGGGAUUGGGUGUGAAGCCAGUGGCCUUCCAGCAACAUCCUCCCUCUGGUCAACGUUCAGCUUAUCCCCAUCAACAGUUUAAACCAGGGGGUCCAUAUCCUGUUUCUUCACCCCAUAUCCUUCAGCCUGCAUCUCCUCAGAGUCAGCAACAUCCUUCUCCCCAGGUUGACCAGCAAAAUCUUUCAUCUUUCACUAAAGCUUCUACCCCUCUGCAAUCAGCUAACUCAACUUUUGUGGGCCCUACACCUUCGCCUCCCUUGGCUCCAUCUCUUAUGCCAGAUUCUGAAAAACCCAUUUCUGUUGUCUCAUCAGUAUCAAAUGCCGCCAAUAUUGGACAUCAACAAACAAGGAUUGCAACAGUGCCAGCUCAAUCCCUUGCCAUAGGGACUCCUGGGAUAUCACCUUCUCCUUUGCUAGAGGAGUUCAGUGGUGCAGAUGGUGCUCAUGGUAAUGCCUUGGCACCCUCUUCUGCGAAGUUAACUGUUGCAGAACAGCCUAUUGAAUGCCUAAUUAAAGCGGUAAAAUCAAUGUCACCCAAAGCAUUAAGUGCUGCUGUCAGUGACAUUGGCUCAGUUGUUAGCAUGAUUGAUAGGAUAGCAGGAUCAGCGCCAGGCAAUGGAUCUAGAGCUGCUGUAGGUGAGGAUUUGGUUGCCAUGACCAAGUGUCGUCUUCAGACUAGAAAUUUCAUCAACCAAGAUGGAACCAAUGGAACCAAGAGAACAAGGCGUUUUGUGAGCGCCAUGCCCUUGAAUGUUGUAUCAUCUCCUGAUUGCAUGGAUAAUAAUAUGAAGCAGUUAAAUGCUUUGGAGGUUGCUGAUCUGGAUUCAGCUACAACAGCUAGUAUCAAGAAGCCAAGGAUUAAGGCUAAUCAUUCCCUUUUGGAGGAAAUAAGGGAAAUUAAUCAACGGCUUAUAGACACGGUGGUAGAUAUCAGUGAUGAAGAUGUUGAUCACACUGCAGCAGCUGCUGCUGCUGAAGAGUCGGAAGGAACAAUUGUCAAGUGCUCUUUCAAUGCUGUGGCACUCAGUUCAAGUUUGAAGUCGCAAUAUGCUUCAGCACAGAUGUCGCCAAUUCAGCCCCUACGGUUGCUUGUCCCAACAAAUUAUCCCAACUGCUCCCCCAUACUCCUAGACAAGUUUCCAGUUGAAUCCAGUAAAGAGAAUGAAGAUCUUUCGGUGAAGACAAAGUCACGAUUUAGCAAUUCCUUGCGAUGUUUACAAGAACCAAUGUCCCUGGGAGAGAUAGCCCGGACGUGGGAUGUGUGCGCUCGUGCAAUUAUUUCAGAGUAUGCACAACAAAGUGGGGGAGGGAGUUUCAGCUCUAAAUAUGGCACUUGGGAGAAUUGCUUGAGUGCUGCAUGAUGGUUUUUAUUUUUUUCAUGCUUAGCUUCUUCUUGGCCAAAACUUUUCUCCGUAUGAGCAGUUUUUGUGCUUUUAGAUAGGGGUAAUGUUUAAUAUAUGCUGGGGGUUAUUGUUUCUUGCAUUUGUCAAAUAGAGUCAUGUUUAUUUCCCUCUUCGCAUCAUCACCAUCUAUACAUUUUCUGGUUCUAUUUAUAAAUCAUGUCCAUCUAGCAUGUUAUGCCA